CAACCUCUUUGCUGAACCAAGCUGCAGUUGCAGCAAAUACCAUGAACAAUGUUCAACCUUUCAAGCCUUGUGCAGAAGGCUCAAUCGCUCAUUGAUCCGACCCAAGCUCUUAACAUCUCCGCUUCUGACCGGAAUCCUGCGAAAUCCACUCUCUUCCGCCAUCAGUUUCGACUGCCAGACUCCCAAACUCCGCUCCAAGAAAUCACUGCUGAGCUCACGAUCUCCCCUCCGAUCGCAUACUCUCCGAAUGCAACACAGGGCGAGAAGGAUCGAGAUCGGGACAGGGGAUAUCAUUAUGCGGGCAAGCUUCACCUGAGCGAGUCUUACCUUUGCUUCUCGACGCAACCAACUAGCUUCCUGCAGACGGCCAGUACAAGUACGUCUUCCGGCUUUACGGGACAGACACAUGGAGCUGGUCCUGGAGGAAAUGGAUUCACACUGCCGCUCUGUGCCAUUCGGCGUGUAGAGCGGCUUCAUAGUCAAUCCUACCAAUUUGCUCUAGCGAUCACAACAUGGAACGGAAUCAGUAAUACAUCUACGAACGAAACCUCCAAGACUCCUGCAUACCAACAGAAGAUUACUAUACAACUCGCGGGAAGCCGGCAGGCCUGCGAGAGAUUCUGCGAUGGAUUGAAAAAGGGCCUCAAAUCUGGUGUUGGAGAAGUGGGCAAGUUGAAAAGAGUAGUCGCAGAAUGCUAUUCGGAAUAUCUUCUGCAGGGUGACGGGAAGAAGACCGGCGAGCCUCCAGAUGCUGGACUCGGAAUGCUGUUUCGAUACCCAGGUGAUGCACGGAAACUACGAGACCGAAGUAAGAUGAGACUAUGGGGCGAAUAUCUUCGAGAGAACGGCCGAAACGUCACACUUAUACGGCAACCUACCUUUCAUAAGCUUAUUAGAGUUGGUCUGCCAAAUCGACUGCGCGGGGAAAUAUGGGAACAAACAUCCGGUUCAUUGUUUCUACGAUUAGAACAUCCAACUUUAUUUGCUGAGACACUGGCAAAGUAUGAAGGACGAGACUCUCUUGCUAUAGAUGAGAUUGAGAAGGAUCUGAAUCGGAGUUUGCCAGAAUAUCCCGGGUUUCAAAGCGAAGAAGGCAUAGGUCGUCUCAGGAGAGUCCUCACGGCGUACAGUUGGACCAACGAAGAAGUUGGAUAUUGCCAAGCUAUGAAUAUUGUGGUGGCUGCACUUCUCAUAUACAUGUCGGAAUCCCAGGCUUUCUUCUUACUCUCUACGCUUUGCGACCGUUUACUCCCUGGGUAUUACUCGACAACUAUGUACGGCACAUUACUCGACCAAAGGGUUUUCGAAUCGCUGGUGGAAAAGACGAUGCCGAUACUUUGGGAUCAUCUGGUCAAAUCCGACGUCCAACUUUCGGUUGUAUCACUUCCUUGGUUUCUUUCGCUGUAUAUCAAUUCCAUGCCUCUGGUUUUUGCUUUCCGGGUUUUAGAUGUUUUCUUCUUAGAAGGUCCCAAGGUUCUAUUCCAAGUCGGAUUGGCUAUUUUACGCAUAAACGGAGAAGAGUUGCUGGACGCCGCUGACGACGGCGCUUUCAUAUCUGUUCUGAAGGGGUAUUUCUCGAAACUAGACGAAUCGGCGCAUCCCACAUCCACAAAUCAGAAACUCCGGGCAGUGACCCGGUUUCAAGAACUGAUGGUCGUGGCUUUCAAAGAAUUCUCAGGCAUCACACAGAGCAGUAUCUCGGAGCAACGCAUGAAACAUAAGGAUGCUGUGCUGAAUAGCAUUGAGAGCUUUGCCAAGAGGACAUCGAUACGCAAUCUUGGCCCUGACAGCAAGAGACUGAGCACGGAUGACCUCGGCGCGUUGUAUGAUAGGUUUUAUGGAAUCCUUUAUGAGCGCCAGAUGAGAAGUCAGAUGAUUCAAGAGGAGACGGAUCGACGGUUAAAAGCAAGCAAAGCUCGAGCAGCCGAAGUCGUGAAUGGUCUUGCAGAAACUCAGAGCGUCGAGAAGGGCCGUGUAGGCUUGGGGCCAAGCCCCACUCUUAUGGACUAUGAUGGCUUCAGAGAAUUCCUCGCUGGUAUAGCGCGAUGGGCCAUCACGGACUCGCCAUCUCCGCCAGAGAAAGACUACCCUUCGGAACGUGACAAACACUCUUACUUCGGUAAUAGUGUCAGACGGAGAGAGGUUUCAAUGUCGCCUUGGGGAGCUGGCAAUCCAGAGCCAGCGGACCAUGAAUUCAUGCAACGUCUAUUCCGUCGAUGGGAUGUGGACAUGCAAAAUGCGUUGACGUUACAAAACGUUGUUACAGGCAUUGCGCACAUCAAAGGCAAAGGCGAUAUUAUGGGCAGCAUAACAUAUUUCUUCGAGCUUUAUGACGACGAUGGAGAUGGCAAGGUCGACAGAGAAGGCAUUUUAAGAAUAUCCGAGGCCUUGUUAUUCUUGUCACGACGAGGUCUGGAAGGCUCUUUGACCCCAUCAAGUUCUAUGACUGGAUUGAGCGAAUUCGAAGCUGGCAAUGGAGCUCAAAUUGAUGGUCCUCAAGGCACAACGAAUGAACGCUUCUUGAGCAGUGUGAGCGCUUUUAUUCGACGCUGCUUCGAAUACGCUGAUCCAGACCACCCACAAAACCAAGAGACGCCUGGAGAGUCCACUACCAAUGGUACAGCCGACAACAAUGCUUUUGGUAUCGGUGAAGACAGCGACGAGGAAGAGGAUCUCUUGGAUCUUGGACCAGAUGCGACUCCUAAACGAGGGAAGAAACUUACUGGCCUAUCAAGUAAUCCUCCAGCAUCGGGCAAACCGGAUAAUGACAACCAACGAAGUGUCUCCAAGGCUCAAGCUGAAGCUGCCAAUGCUGCUCUGGACCCAUCAAAACCUCUUCAUAUCACUCUACCUACAUUCCGCAUGGUCGUUCUUGCAGAUGAACUUCUAGAACAAUUCUUCGAAUCAUCGUUCCCAGCUUCGUUCCGAAUCUCCGAUAAGUUGACUCCUCCUGGCCCAGCAUCGUCUUCGUCUAGUCUUACGACCUUCUCCAAUAUCGGAUUCAACCGAGCGAGCAACGCUGCUUCACAAACCGCUGCUAUUGUAGGCAGCAGUGCCGCGGGUGUCGUUCCACCAGGCAAAGGCCUCAGAGGCGUACUCGACAAUAUCGUCACAGAUGGAAUGCGAGUCGCAGCCGAAGUCCGUCGACGCAUGGACGAAGCUCAAAAGGAACUCGAAAAGAAUGCCGUACACAGACCAGAAGACGAUGAAGACGAAGAAGAAGGCUAUGAUGGCCCCCGAACUUCAGGCACAUACGGCGGCGACGCCGAACGCAGAAGUGUCCGUUCCGAAGAUAGAGAUCUACUUGAAGGCGUUGAUGCGGAGGCUAUGAGUAUUAGGGGCCAGGAAGGCGUCACGGAAGUUAAGCAGAAUGCUUUGAGUCCCACCAGUCCAGCUGAUCCGGGGAGAGCGAGGAGCAUCAGUACAGCAACGCAGAAAGUUGUGGAGUUCGAGCAGUGAUGUGUUGGGCUCGGAGUUUCUCUUUUUAUCCGGGUUGGGGAGUCGAACGGCGUUUCAUAUAUCAGAGAUACUACGGGGGAAUGGAAUCGUGUGUGUAUCAUGGGUGCGGGUGGGGUUGUAGGAAUGCAUUUAUCUAGCAAUGGAUCAUGUGGGCAAUCUCCAGAUUCUGAUUUUCGGUCUUCGCUGUUAUCAAAAUCCUUGCUUGUUACAG